AUGUUAGCAACUUUACUCCCAUUUGAAAUUCUCGCAAUGACGGCAUCGUUUAUGACCCAAAGACAAAGAUUCACCUGCACCACAGUAUGCAAGUCAUGGUCCAAAGCAUUUCAACACUCUCUUUGGUACAGCAUAGAGAUAGUCAGUGAAGAAAAAGUUGUCGCUAUCCUCAAUCCACCAAUAACUCAAGAAAACGCUUAUAAAAACAAUGGAAACCGUGUUCGAGAUCUUACUCUAAAAUCAAGUCUCCUUCUGACUAAUGAGCAACUGUCUCAACUUCAAAGCUAUUUCCAAAAACUUCUCAUUUUCAGAGCCGGUUUUGGUAGCUUGGACCCAGAUGUCCUCAAUACAACCAGCAAUUGGAAAAAUUGGAGCUCUCUUGUAGAGCUUAAAAUGGCAAUCAUGUGCAUGGAUAAAAACGAACCAGAAGAUAAAUUAUUUGAGCUUCUAGUCCUCUUACCUAAUCUAAAGCGACUGGAUUUCACGGAAUAUUGCACCAAAGACACACAUUACUACACAUGGGAAACACUCGAAGAUAUUCACUGUGUACUGCCAAAACUUGAGAGCUUGUCUUUGGACAUUAGAUUAAUCAGUACGCCACUAGAUAACAUUAAAAUGAUGAUCAACAUCUCGCCAGCAAGCCGCCUGAGAUUUUUGGAAUUACGACGACAUAUCAUGAAUUUUGGAUGGCUAUAUUAUAUUUCUUUAAAAUAUCCAAAUAUUGAAAGCAUAUUAUCAAGUCCUAAACUGGGAGUACGUAUGCCUGACCUCAGUGUAUCAGACAAUGAAACAAUGAUGCUGUUAAAGAACAAUACCCAUGUAUUAUCUCAUCUGAACAAAGUUGAUAUUACUCAUGAUAUAGCGUCAAGGGAUUCCUUCCAGUUACUUUGUGUAAUUUACAAAGAUCUGUUUAAAUCGGUUUCAAACUUGAAAUGCAAUGUAGAAGUUUCUGGAGAUCUCUUAGAGAACCCAGUAACUGUUGGAGUCGAACUUAUGAAUUCAUUUCCAGCCUCACUCGAAAGUCUACAUAUUGAAAUCACAUCUCCUGGUUGUCUUGAAUCCUACAAAUUACCAGCUUUUCAAAUAUUUCCUCACCUAAAAUAUCUAAGGAUCAACAUCUUCAAUUCCACGGUCAAUAUCGACAAAAUACUGGAUAGCUUCCCAUCUUUGACCCAUCUACAUAUGAAAGGAGAAUUUAUUACUCUAAGUUCACCUUAUGCCAGAACCGAAAAACUACAUGGGCUACGGAAUCUUCAACUUCAAGAUGCAAUAGCAGAUUCUGUCAUAUUCAAAUAUAUUUCCUAUCGAUGCAGGGACCUAGUGGUUAUGCUCUUAUACGACUUGGAUAUUGUUGAAAAAAAUAGUACAAAAGCAUACAAAGUAUACAUGGAUAUGUCGUACACGCAUUUUCAAUCAUUACUAUUCAACCAAGUCAGAUUCUUUGUUACUACUGAAACCGGAAGCUUUGAUGAAGACAGUCCAACAAAUUUGUUUGUUGUAGAACGACUAGUCCGUUUUCCACAGUACAACAAUCCUAACCUUAGAGAAAUCCCAGAGUUUUACAAAAGAAUACCAGGACCUGAUGGGACUAUGAUAUGGGCACACUUCUAUCAUGAUAAAGAGGACAUAUAUAAACCGAGAAAGAUGUCUAUACUCAGCUAUAAAGACGGUCAAGCCAUCAAGAAAUCAUUUGCUUCAAAUAUUAUUGUACCCGAAAAUCCAGAAACUGUACAUAGUCGCCGAAAACGAUAUUCUGGUGGGUUAGUCUUGCAAAGGUUUUGGAGAAGUGACAUUCCAAAAGGUUGUGCCCGAAUGCGGUGUGGAUAUGUACGAUUAUACUACAUCGAUCGAGUUUGUGUUAAUAUCGAGGCCAAAGAAAUAUAA